CUCCAUGUUGUGCUUGUACCGCCGGUGACCACCAGGCGACGCCAUCUCCGUAGACUCGAGUGCCAGAGCAGGUGCGCCGAGGUGAGGCAAGCGCCGACGCCGAGAGCUCGGGUGUUUCCGGCUCGGCUCGGCAGUGAACCGCUGUGGAUGUGGGAAUGCGGUUGCCGGAGGCAGCGGGCAUUGCUGGACACACGGCGGAGAUGUGCGCACAGAAGCAGGAACCGUCUGCGGUUGGUUGCCGUCCAAGUUAACGGGCUGUUUAGGGGGAUGUGGGUGGGGAGCCCCCCUUGGACGGCUGGGUGUCGCUUGGAAAAGGGCAGCUGGGUGUUUGUUCCCCCACAUUUUCUUUGGAGGGGGGAUUUUCUAUCUUUUGUAGGAGGGAGACGGAAUGAGAGAGAAGCCAGGAAGGAUUCCCCAGCAGCACUAUGGAGCCACGCAUUGCAGGCAGCUGUGAAAGAUGACAGUGAAAUGAAAAGCAAAGCAUCUGACCCUCAACUGUAAACUUUUAGCGUGUGCUGCUGCACACAGGAGUGACAAUACGUGACGGCGUCAAGAUCUACAAAUGUUCUACAAGAGUUGUGGAGUUUGUGAAGCUGACAGCAGCAUCAUGUUCUACGGUUCUUCCUCUGGGGCGAGUAUGUCCCUACCAUCCAAGAGUCGUCUGAAACGACAGAGCAGGACCUUCACACAGGUGCUAUACCGUACUCUGAGUUACAGAGAUCGUGUCCCGGUAGAAACUGGAACAAACACUCGUGGAGACCGGCGUUCAACGACUGAACCCCCAGAGCGACCGGCAGAUGACCCAGCUGAACUCUCCACACAGAGCUCAGCCCCGGGGGUCCUGAAGAUUUUUGGAGAUGAGAUUUGUGCUGGUGCUAACUACAAGAGCGUCCUGGCCACGCCACGCUCCAGUGCACAGGAACUGGUCAAAGAGGCACUAGAGCGAUACUCGCUCAACAAGAAUGCUGCCCACUCUUACGUCCUGUGUGACGUGAUUGGGCGUUUGGAGGGGGGAGGUGGGAUAGGAGGAGGAGGGUGGCGAACUGAAUGCUUGCGUGCGCUUGGGGACAACGAAAAGCCGCUGUUGCUCCAAGAGCUUUGGAAACCCCGAGAAGGCCAUGCUCGUAGGUUUGAGCUGCGCAGGAGAGCAGAGGUGGAGGAACUCAACGCCAAGGAGAAGGAUACGGUCACUGCUGGGCCCAAAACAUCCCAAUUCCUGGCGGCUCUAAUGGGUCGGUCUGGGCUGGGCAAACACAGGAGCUCCCCCCUGCGGUGUGGUCGAGUGGUACAGUCCAGCUCUAAAGAUAUUAAUGCCCAGGCUCGUAAGCUCCAGAGGAACAGGGCAAAAGGGACUCUGACCCUGCCCCGGUCCAGCAAUUCAUCCUUCUGCCGGAGCCUCAGUGAGACCAGCCUCAACCAGCUGGGAGUGGGAGACGAGCCCAAGCGUUAUUACUCCACCCUGCCAGGGCCCUUAAGAAGUCGAGAACGUGAGGCAGCCUCCAGUGGCCGGAGGAAAGAGGAUGGGAGUCAGGGCGGAGGAGGGGUGAGACACUCACUUUACCAGUCGCCGCACCUCCUGCUGCUACAGGGAUACAAUCGGCAGGACUGUUUGGUAUACCUGCUGAACAGAGAGCAGCACACAGUCGGCCAAGAGACUCCAUCAGCUCGCCCCAACAUCUGUCUCUUCUCUCCUGACAUCCUGCCCCUCCACUGCCGCCUGCGCCGAGUCCCCGCACCCCGCCGUCAUGCCAACAACAACAACAAGGGAGAAGAGCAGGCAGAGAGUCAGCAGUUCUGUGUCGCCGUUGAGCCGGUGCUGCACGCCACAGUUCUGGUGAACUUUUCCCGCUGCGAGCGCUCCACCACGCUGCGACACGGUGACCUCCUCUCCUUCGGAGCACAUUACAUCUUCCUGUACAAGGACCCCACGAGUGCUAAGCCUUUGCCUGCUCAGACCUUGGCACGCCUCCGCUCCCUGGGGCAGCUUUACGACGUAGGGGUGGAGGAAGGAGAGGGCGGAGCUCAGACUUGUAAGAUGUGUGGUUCCGUGUUGAAGGACAGAGCGGCGCAAGUGUCAAGUGUUCCGGCAGUUAGACGCAGCUUCAAACCUCACCUGGUAAAACCCCGCAGCGGGGGGACGGUAGCGGGGGGCCCCCAUAGUUUGUCAGGAGGGGAAGGUGGAGGAGGAGGAGGAGGAGGAGGAGGAGGAGGAGGAAGAGGGGGUCAGAAAAGAAGACUACAGCUGGAGUUUGACCAGGCUCAUGAAGACCAGCUGUUGAACAGGAUAGUCUCUCUCAUUGAACCUGGAGGCGACGACCAUAAGCUGACACCUGCCUACCUGCUGUGUCUGUGCAUACAACACUCUGCCUCAAGCUUCCCACCUGGGAGUUUUGGAAAACUGCUGCUCAAGAUUGUGCGACGAAUCCAGACCAUCGCAUGGGAGAAGACAAAGGAGCUGGCUCAGAAGCAAGCUCAGCAUCAGGACCCAGCCUCUCUGUCUCUGCUCAGUAUCUCAGACUUAAUCCCAGACCUGCAAACCAUCUUCUUCUGGAUGUCCAACUCCAUCGAGAUCCUCUACUUUAUACAACAAAGAGCACCAGCGUACACACACAGCAUAGAGACACUGCAAGGGUCAAAGGAGUCGUUGCUAUCGGCGACCAUAUCAGCCAAUGAGGAGGCAAUGACUAUCUUGGAAGAAGUGAUCAUGUACACUUUCCAGCAAUGUGUGUACUAUGUCACCAAGGCUCUUUAUGUAGUGUUACCAGGUUUGUUAGACUGUAAUCCAUUCCCAGUCGACAGCUCUGAGCCCUGCUGGAAAGGAGGUGUAGGGUUUCCUGAACCUGUACGCAGAGUCCUGCAGGUCUUUCAGAAUGCCCAGGAGCUUUUGCAGGGCUACCAGGUCCACCCGGAGAUCCAGGCUCAGAUGUUUGCCUACCUCUUCUUCUUCUCCAAUGUGUCGCUUUUUAACCAGCUAAUGGACAAAGGUCCAUCUCGAGGUUGGUUCCAGCGCUCCAAGGUGUUGCAGAUUCAGGCGUGUUUGCGGAUGGUCAUGGAGUGGGCGAGCAGAUCCGGUCUGGGACAUCUGGCUGACAAAUUCUUCACCAAACUCAACAGCACUGUGUCCAUACUGGCCACACCACCACAGCAGCUCACACAGUUGAGUUGGCGAGCUUUGUCCAGUGAGCAUCCGACUCUGAAACCCGUUCAGCUGCACAGGAUUCUCACCCAGUACCAGCUCACAGCAGAGAUGGGCCCUGUCCCAUCAUGGCAACCCAGCAGUGAAGACGAGGCAUAUAUAUACAGAACAGUGGACCUCCUGGAGAGCUUUGAGAACCACCCUCCCAUAGUGCUCCCCAGUGCAGGCUUCAGAGUGGACCUGGACAGCGAGUGUGUGGAAGACAGCAUCUACAGACAGCUGCUCUACAUCCGCCACUACCUAUGGGGGCUUCGCACCAAGACGCAAACACACACCAGCACUCCCAGCGUGCACACACACUCCAACGGAACCAACACAGCGGACUGGCCCGACGUUCAGAGGGAGUUGUUGCCUCCGUCCCACAGCAGCCCCCGCUCUGGGGUUCCAGGGGACGAGGUGACAGCAGAGACAGGAGAGGAGAGGGGACGGGACAGACCCUCAGUCCAAUCCCACACACACAGCCUCAGAAGGAACGGCACCAUGCACCACCCUCGAACAGCAAAUCCAGACCCGUCCUGCCUCCUGACCCCCCCAAACACCCCGCUGUACCCGGAAGGAGGAGGAGGAGGGCCUGGGUCAAUCAUAGGCCCCAACACCCAGACUAACGGCUGCACCAGUAGGACUGUGGCAGAAUGUAAAAGGACAAACGGACUCAUCAGCAACGGAAUGGAGGGAUGUAUUAGUGGGUGUGAAUUUCCUUUCCCUGUAUCCUCCCCUGGCGCCCCUCCCCUUCCUGAUGACUUGUGUGUGGUGUUUGUAGUGGAACUGGACAAGGGACCCUACGGACUCGGCAUGGGACUCAUAGACGGUCUGCACACUCCUCUCAACGCUCCAGGUAUUUACAUCCGGACUCUGAUCCCCGACGGACCGGCUGCCUCUGAUGGCAGACUGAGGAUCGGAGAUCGCAUCCUGGCUGUGAACGGGACCAGUCUGAUAGGAGCAGACUACCAGAGUGCGGUGGAUCUGAUUCGUCUGGGAGGAGGACGCCUACGUUUCCUGGUAGCCAAGUCCGACCCCGAUGUCUCAGAGAAGAUCAGUGCCUCCUCCUGCUGACCACCUCCAAGCCACCACUGCUGUGCGCAGAAACGCACAACCCACUACUCGGGACUGUAGAGGUGGGCCAGCAGGACGACGAGGGAUACAGAUGUGUGCGCUGAUGGACAGGGUACACACAGACACACGCACCCCGUGCGUAUAAAUGCAGCAUGAAGUAUGAAUGUGAAACCUAGUGUCAGCACAGCACAAAGCCAAGCAAUCAAACUGGAGAUAACGCUCCAUGACUCCACUCCACAGCUGCCAGACCUGCUUCACUCACGCUGACUCCUACUGGGUUUGUGUGACAGACAGAAUCCGUAACCCGCCGCGACAUCAAAGGAAUGCGCUGCGAAGAAAGUUGCCUAAUUAAUCAGCAUUCGAGGUGGCCGAGGUCUAACCAGCCAGUACGCAGCCGAUGUGGUUUAAAGCACAGUAGAUUGUAGGAUGUUAAUUUCUCUCCUGUCAGCCCUCGGAGCAUGUGCGCACAUUGGACUUUUUCCACCUGUUUUUAGAGUAAUUUGUAUUAGUAAUUCAGACAUUAAGUAGCAUGGUAAAUUAGCUGUCCAGCUCUCCGACAAAGGGACUCACAUAAACUGAAUUUUACAGUGCUGAAAGCAUUCGCAGACAAACAACUUAAGGCAGCGUCAGUGAAAGCUGGAUGUCUCACACAGUGCUUUUAGAGUGGAAUGUUUUAUAAACCUGUUUGUUAGCAGCUCCCAAAGCACCGUCAAACGUCUACCCAACAGACUAAACGAUGGCGUAUGAAUGUUGACUUUUGUACCGGAGACUGGGCGAAAGAAGCUGAGGAAGUCAACUCAAGAAUGUCGAGACAUAACAGCCCAUCAUUUCACACUGAACCUCAUCACUGGACAGUGGAAAACAGAUGAACUCUUUGAGGCUCGACAUGCAGCAGUUGUUUAUUAUUUACCGGGUGAUCAAGAUGACAUGCUUUCACUCCAGAGUUUCUGAUGCACAAUCCUGGUGUGUAUAAACCACAUUUUUGUUGUUGUGAAUAUACGCUGUAUUUAUCUGGUAAGGUGUAAAUAGUCGUUUGUAAAUAUUUAACACUUGUUCACAUUGUUUGGACGUUCAAAAGAGAAACUGCAUUUGGGGAACUACUCAAUCAUUUUGUUCUGAAAUAUACUUGGUCAGUGAACACUGAAACCUUCUGAUGGGAAAAAAAGAAACGAGCAUUUUCUGGAAUGAUACAAAUAGUCAUGGGUUGUAUACUUUUUCUAAAUGUCAUUACUUUGUUUCACAUCUUAUGAGCAGGAAUAUAACUUGCUGGAACUACACGCAAAUUACAAAAUAAUAUUUUCCUUCUAGUGCCCAGCCAUAGCAGAUAGUUGUGUUUUGGUUAGGCUUUUAAAUAUUUGUAUCAGAGAUUUCAGAGAUCUCCAACCCAACACAAUAGAUGUGAAUGGAAUUUUGUUGCGGUUGUUCACAGCAGCGAGAAAUUACAUUUCGUGUUUCCAGACUUAGUGUCUCAGUUGCUCUGGAUAAUCCACAGACCUCACUUUGGUUUUUGUAAGGACUAUUUCUAUGAAAGAAAAUAGUUCCAAUGAAGACUGUUUACCAUGAGGGCUGUAUAUUUGUGUUGAACGUAACCGCAAGCGCUUGCUCACUCUCAUUCACCGUCUAUGUCUCUCGACCAAUGCUCGGUAUUUGUUUGUGUUUUUACCCCCCUUCUGUCUUUCUCUCUCAAACCAUCGGACACAAACCAAAGGAAACUUCUUUGUGUAUAUUUUGCAGUGUAAAUUGCAAGCCUGACAGAUUUAGAAGCUGGGUACAUGAAAUAAACAGUAUCAGAGUUUAGUCUGGAUAGUCUCAGUUUCAGACACACUUCAGAAGGUUUGACCUAUCUGAUUGGCGGCCGCAGCGUGACGUCGGGUUGCGUUUUUCCAAAAGUUCGAUUCGGUUCAACUUCUAACCAGCAAAACGCACUAGCUCCACUCAAAUGAAUGGAAAAACCUGCGUUUUUGCCACAGCACCGGAUCCUGUCUGAAUGUACCCUAACAGCGACAUUUUCCUGGUGGAAGAUGUUGCUGAUGAAAUAAUUUCCAUUCACUUCUUUUGUAUUGGGAUGGAGGCAGAAAUCUCAGGAGGCAUAUCCAAAAAUGUAAAGUAAAACUAUUUGUGUGGCUAGAUCCUUUUGAAAGGAGGUUCAGCUAGAAUAAUAACAGGUCACCUUUUAUAAAGUCUUUAAUUCAAAGCGUAGGUCACUACAAGAAAAGAAAAGCCAUGUAUGCUGCCUGGCCUUUAGUUCUGACCUCAGCUCUGUAGAGCUCCCCUGGGACGCUCUGGAUCACAAUCUCAGGGGCAGUGACCCUCUGCCAGCCUGUGACCAGUCCCCCUGCAGAAAGAAGAAAACAUUGCACAGCUGCAGAACGAAAUGUUCAUCGAAUGUUCAAGACGUGGCAUCAAGAAGCUGCCACACAAUGCACUGAAGGACUGCAGGGCAACUGUUUUUAAUGUUACCAGGGCUGCAGCAUGAUUUUUUAAAUUUAUUUUUUUAAAUUGUGGAUUAAUCUGUCAUCAUUUAGUCUGUAAAUUGUCAAACACCCAGCCAAAUGUCCAAUCCCGAAAAAAACUGAAUCCACAAUUAUCAAACCCCCAUACUGUAUUUGAGAAAGCUGAUCUAGCGAAUAUUUUUACCCGAUAAGACCAAAACAACAAACUAACUUCAAUCUUCUAUUAUUUACACAAAGGUUAAAAUUUCACUCUGAAUGUUUCUUUUUUUUCCCCCUCCAUAUUUAAAUCUGUUCAUUUCUUUUUUGCAGUAACAUUUUAUUUUUGUGCAUUACAAAGUUUGUAUGACAUGCAUGUCGAUUCUUCUCUGUUCAUUAUUUAUACUGUUAUAAAAACGAUGGUACUAAGAAUGAAUAAAGAUUGUUGGAUACUUGAAUUUUUUUCUUCUUAGAAACCCAAACGUCAACAACAACUUGCAGAGCUGGAAUGUGAAUCCAAAACACUGCUGACACCUGGUCACAUGAGAGAAGACAAAGAAAUAGUCUCUACUAAGUCAAUGAGGAAUUUUAAUUUGUGCUACACAUUUUAACAAAUCACAAAAAAAAAAAAAAACAGGAACAUUUAAAAAUACAUAUACUUCUCUAUUUCCAGAAUGUUUACGUAUUGAUGACAGCUGUUUUUACAUAUAGCAAAAUAUUUUUUCUUUUUUUCCAAAAUGAGAAAAAAAUACCUUCUAAAUAGCUUUGUCAUUUAGCAGAUAGAGCAGCAUACAAUCAUUACGCAUCUUUUUUGUUUUGUUUUUUCUAAUAAUGUGCAACAACAAUCACGGAAACCUUGAGCAAAUUGUGCCUGAUUGCCAGCUAAAAAUGAGGCCUGUGCGAGGACAUUCGGGAAAAAAAAAAAGCUAAAAGGCAGAGUGAGAAUACAGAGAGGGGUGUGGUGUGGUAGUGGGGGGGAGAAAGUGCUGAAGAAGAUCUAAUUAAGGCAGUGUCUGUGACAGGAAUUGCCAGCAGCUUGAUGCCUCUGUAGAGACAGCAAAGAUAGGACUGCUCACUGAGGAGGAGGGACAGAGGUAGAUUGGGAGAAAGGGAGAAAUGUUAAUGCAUUUAGGGGAAACUGAAAGCAAAAGAGUGGGGGAGCCAAAAGUAGAAAAGAUUUCAAAAGUACCAUACAGAAAGAAAGAAAGCGAAAGGAAAAAAAAAAGAAAGAAGACGAGAGCAGUUGAAAUUUGUGGUCAUGUGUUGGUCCCGCCCUUCCCCUGAUAAAACUGAUACAAGCCUACUGAUGCAACAUAACUGUCACCAUUGUAGUGUUGCCGAUCAUGUACUGUUAAAGAAGCGCUGUGUUAACAAUCUAAAAAAGGUAAAGCUGUCUAAAGGUUAAAAUAAAAUGACAAAAAAAAA